GCACGAGUUUGUUUGCGGUAUCGAUGCAGAUAUAAUGGAUAUCUCUAUGUGCUUUUGCCGCAUUUGUACAGCCCCGCGUGGGUAUACCCGCCUGAUAAUACUUGGCAAACACAGAAUUCAGAGAACAUGUCAAAAUGAAAAUCAACUAGUGUAAAUCAUGAAACACUAGUUACUCUAUAGAACAACUCUUAAUUUGUAACCACCAACGCCAGCUUGCAUUCGACGAAAUGCCUCCAAAGAAACCAACAGCGGUCCCGAAGAAAGCAACUCCUGCGAAGAAGACCGGUGGAAAUGGCGGCAAAAAAACAACUCCAGUUUCAUCUCAAAAGAAAGGCGCCACAUCAAGCAAGGAUGCAAAAGAUGUGACUGACAAGCUAGCCAAGUUGUCAACCACUGACGAACAGCCCAAGCCGGUCAUCAUCGAGAUCGAACUCAAAGAUCUCGCGGACGUACUCAAGGACGAUGACGGGAAGAUCAAGUCGACAGGGAAAUGGCCGAUGAUCGUAGAUAGCGGCGGGAGAGCAGCAGUAUUUCUACGUUACCAAGGAGGUAAUUGUUUGGACGCCAUCUCUCCUUCGGACAUGCAAGCAGAAACGAUAAGAAAACGUCUUAUUGGAUCGAUAAGAUAUGGCAAUAAUUUCACUAUAGACUUUGGGGACUCUGAUAUGUUCAAUUCGUGCAGAGAUAGGUUUGAAGAAAUCCACAAAGGUCUCAUGAAUGAUGUCUUGGACAAAUCAAUACUUGAGAAGUACGAGCACCUUAUCACUGAUGCGGAUGGACCAGAUUACGAGAAGGACAAGUUCUUACCUCACGUCACAUGUAACUUCCAGUUCAUCAUCCUCUCAAAGAUUGACCCCUCCCAAGACAUCAGGAACAAGUUUUGCAUCAUCAAAAUCAAAGAGUAAUGAGUAAGAUACGACAGGGCAUGGUAUCGGCUUGAUGAAGCUAUACAGCCAUGUGGCCCAGGAGGGAGCAGUAUUAGUCCAAAGCUGUAGACACAUUCCU